UUCUAUCCUGAGAGUAGUCAAUACAUUAUGUGUUCAGAAAAAGGAACGAAAACAAUCAGACCUCUGUAGCAGCUGCAGGACAGUACAAACUCCGACCAAUCACUGCCAUGCGGUGCGAAUGUAAAGAACCAAUCAGAUGCCUUCAUGUCUCGUGCCCGAGCCCCACUGCGCGCGCUGCCCUGCGUGCACUAAUCACGUCACCGUUCCCUGAAAUAUUCAGUCUCACUACACGGAGUAAGCUGGAGUUUGCGGCACCGGCACAAUGGAAGAUAAAAAGCAGCCAAAACUUCCACUGCCAGCUUUGCUGGUAACUGCUCGCCCUACUAAAAAACCUAGAAAACGAAAAUCUGAGGCAGAAAAGGCUGCAACUAAACAGGCACUGGAUAAAGCCAGAGGACAAACUCGCGUAAACAUCGGUGGAGCAUUUGAACGGUGGAGACAACUGAGGGAGUUGAAGGGCCUGAAAAGCGAUGCCGAGGUUGCGGUCUUUCUGCUGAACAGCUACGAGAUGGAUCUAUCAACUUCCACGCCUGCGAAACACAGAUUGAUGAGACCCCCUCCCCCACCUGUCUCAUCUAUUGUUGCUGAGUCUCUGUCCGACCGAGAUGAUGACUUCUCAGUAGCUGGCGUUGAGGAGUUAAACAUUAGCUGCCCAGAGGAAACAGCUCUCCAGCAAUUGGAUGCAAGUAUGUCGUCGCUGGACAUAAGCAUUGAUGUUGUUGAUGCAGAUGAUUUUAAUGACAUCCGAAACUCCAUCAUUGACUGGGAAGAUGAAGACGUCACCUGGAAUCCUGAUAUGGACACACAGUCUGUGUCAUCAUUAGAAGAUGUAACCAGGGAACUGGACUCAGAUGAUGAUGACAGUGAUGAUGCAGAUUUUAGGCCUCGUAUUUGUGUUAGGACUGGUGGUGCUCUGAAAACUCCAAUUUGCUUGGAAUCACUGCCAGAAAUCAACAUGGAGGACACUGUGCAUGAUGCUACAGACAAUGCCCCAGAUAAAACUAUGGCUGACAUGCCAACACUCCCAGAAGCAGCAAAAGUCAUGGUCGUUGAUGAUAUUAUUGGCCAUCCUGCAUCCAUUGCUUAUCACGACAGCCUGAAGCAGCUUGCCGAGUAUCUCCUUCUCCCUGUCAGCAUGUGUUCUGCCAAGGACCCAAACAGUAAGGCUGAAUGCCGGGCACCUGCACCGUUUGAAAUCAAUGUCAGGUCCAGGGGAACAGCUGCUGUCGUUGAAUGGAUGUGUCCUCGUGGUCACACAGUUUGGAAGUGGGCUUCCCAGCCCAUUUUAAAAUAUGGGAUGCUAGCUGGAGACUUCAUGCUUUCCACUAAUAUCCUGCUGUCGGGCAACAACUACGCCAAGAUCUCACUAUUGUUUAAGUUUAUGAACAUGGGGAUGGUGGAGAGGUCAACAUUCUUUAGGAUCCAGGACUCCUACUGUGUGGACACUAUAAAGGAGUUCUGGGAUGAGAAGAGAGCUGCAGUCAUCACCCAGCUCAAGUCAAAAGGGCCAGUUGUAGCAUUGGGAGAUGCUCGCAUGGAUAGUCCAGGAUUCUGUGCACAGUAUUGCACAUACAGUGUCAUGGACAAUGGAUCCAAACAGAUAAUAUGCAUGGUCAACAUCGACAAGCGUGAACCAUGCGGAAUUCUGUUAUCAUGGAGAAGGAGGGCUUCAUGGGGGCAUUUGAUAAACUAUGUGAAGAACUCAACAUUGAAGAAUUCUGCACGGAUGCUCAUUCUCAGAUAUCAGCCCUCUUCAAUAACAAAGGGAAAUAUAAAGACUGCGGCGUACGACACACCCUGGACAUGUGGCAUGGGUCCAAAAGUUUGGGCAAAAGAAUUAAUGCGGCAGGACAGCAAAGGGGGUGCACCAUCCUUCAGAUGUGGAGUAAGGACAUCUGCAACCACUUCUGGUAUUGCUGCAAGACUGCAGAUACAUAUGAAGAUUUUUUUGACAUGUGGGCUGGACUACUUCACCAUGUGACAGGAGAACAUGCGUGGGCCCUUGGAGCCUGUCAGCAUGGUCCCUUGGUGGAGGACAGAGAGAAGGAGUGGAUCCAGAAGGGUUCUGUGGCACACCAGAGACUGACAGAAGUGGUGCUUGAUGCACGCUGGCUAAAGAGCAUACACAAA